UCUAUGAAAAUGGCCGCAACUGGAAGAGUAGCUCAUGUUGCAAAGCAUGUUAAACCUAUUUUAUCGCUUGACAAAGGAGAAGCAAGAAAAAGAGUUUUAAACCUUUAUAAAGCUUGGUAUAGACAGAUACCUCAUAUCAUAUACGAAUUUGAGAUCCCGAUCAAUGCUAAGCAAGGAAGAGAGAAGCUACGAGAACUCGUUUUGAAAAACAAAAACGUGGCGGACAUUAGAACAAUUGAUAUGCUCGUAAUUAAAGGCCAAAUGGAGCUGGUUGAAACAUUGAAGAUGUGGAAACAAAAAGGGCAUGUAAUGAACUAUUUCAAGGAAACUGUCGAGGAAAAACCAACAGAUUUUUUGUCAAAAUUCUUUGUCGGACAUUAGAUUUUGAAAUUAAGAAAUUUUAAUAGUUAAUAGCCAUAUAAGGAUACCAUUGUUUUGUAAAUGUAGUAAAAACUUUCAAGGAUCAGGCAUUUGAUUUUGAAGAAUUGAAGUUGUUUAUGAAAAGCAAUUAGGAUUUCAUCUACAACCUUCCUAUAAAAGGUAGGUUUGAUGACAUCCUUGAAUGAGCUAAUAGGAUCCAGAAGCUCCUAGAAAAAAAUGUGAAAAAAAUGUAGAUAUGGUAUAAGUAAUAAUAAAAAAAAUCCUAAACGCUAA